CGCGAAACCAGAAAAAAGCGGCUCUGAACGGUUGAUCUUCUGGUGCAAACGACCUGUAUUUAUAUCAACAUGAGUGACAAACAAAUGAAGCGCAAGAAACCACCGAAAACGUACGAUAACAAGUUCCUUUCCGGACCCGAGUAUGACAGCUCUCGUCCUGGCAAGGUUCAAAAGACAGGUUUUCAACCGUCAGCGGCACUCAAAGUGCCAGUGGCAGGGGAACCUCGCUCCUACACCGUAAGCGUAGCCAUUCCAGCCAGCAUUGUUGACGGUGCACCGACCUUGGAAAUGAAGACGAUCCUUGCAGGACAAAUUGCCCGCAUUUUGGUUAUUUUCAAUGUGGAUGAAAUCGUCGUGUACGAAGAUAAAAUUAAGCCUGCCAAUGCCAAAAUCAAGGCCGAUCUAUUUCUGGCUCGCCUGUUUCAACACAUGGAAACUCCUCAAUAUCUUCGUAGGCAAUUAGUUCCGUUGAGCUCGGAUCUAAAGUUUGCAGGAUUGUUGCCGCCCUUGGAUGUACCCCAUCAUCCCCAAUUGCAUGAAAUGACCCGUUAUCGUGAAGGCGUUACUCUGGAGAAAGCAUCGACGGCAGAACAAGGUGGUACCUUGGUGGAUGUCGGCAUGUAUCGUCGUGUAUUAGUCGAUAAUACGCUCAAACCCAACGUACGCGUAACCGUGGAACUGAAAGAUCCAAUUGCUGCCUCAGAGACACGGAAAGGACAAAAGCCCUUGCAAGGAAAACUCGUGAGUCCAAAACUGCCGCGAGAGAAAGCCGGGUUUUACUGGGGUUACAAUAUCCGAUUGGCCAUGUCAUUUUCUCGUGUCAUUACCGAAUCACCUUACAAAGACGGAUACGACUUUACGGUCGGUGUCACCGAUAAAGACGGUGACGAUAUGUACAAGGGCGCCGUCAAUAAAGUGAAGGAUUUCAAUCAUAUGUUGAUUGUCUUUGGAGGACCCGCUGGUGGCUUGCAAGAAGCUGUAGAAGCCGACGAGGAUCUGAAAUGCGCUGGAGAGGAUGCCGCUGAGUUGUUUGAUUUAUUUUUGAACCCGAAUUUGGGAUGUGGUACACGAUCCGUUCGGUUAGAGGAGAGUAUGACCAUGGUCAUGUCCGUUUUGAAGCCAGCCAUUAUGAAGCAUGGGAAAAAGCUGUAAAAAGUCCAGCACACUUGAAUGAAACCACUCAGCGUCACAGAUACCAAUUUUUUCCCUGUUUUAUCAUAGCUGUUCUUGCAUUUCU